AUGUAUCGCAAUCCAAGACCUAAUCGAUUCUUUAAUCCACGAGCUAUACAAAUGAAUAGGCCGAUUAGACCUCCGUUCGGUCCUGGUGGCGCUAGCAACUAUCCAUUUGAUCCAACGUCACAACUGCGUUUCCAAAGCGGUAGUAGUCGUGGCCAUCGUGGAAGCUACAGGGGACGAUUCCCUAGAAACCGGGGUCCUCAAAAACAACGGGACUACGACUUUAAUCCACGUUCAUACUUUAAGGAAUCUAUGCUACAAGAUCCUUGGAGAAAAUUAAAACAUAUAAUACAAGAAUCUACAGACGAUCAAGGAAUACAACCAACCGCAGAGGAAUACAUAGAAAAAGAAUCUGUAGAUACUACGGAAGAAAUUGUAAAUGAACCAGCUCCACGUUCACCUAUAAAGUAA